CGUCGUCGUAACAAAAGCAUCUCAGAAACGAAACGAUCCAGUUCUACACAUCCACUUUCCCGACCUUCUGCCAGUGAUGCUUGUGCGACCAUCGUUGCCUACCUCAUGCAAUUCAAUAAGGUAAGCAAAUCCUUAAAUCUGAUAUUUCUAUUGGAUGAAGAGUUCUCGCGUAAGGCCAUCGAGUCAUUAACAAAAAAGCUAAAGGAUAAACGGGAAGAAUUGGAUGCACUGAUUGCGUGUUGUGGAAGUGAAGGAAAAGAAGCCGACAAAUGUGUAACUAUAGCCCGAACCCUCGACGGCCGAUUACAAGUUGCCGGUCGAAAAGGUUUCCCUCAUGUUGUUUAUGCCCGAGUGUUUCGAUGGCCAGAUUUGCACAAGAACGAACUUCGACAUCUCAGCAUUUGUGAAUGUGCUUUCGACUUGAAGUGCGACUCAGUAAGUAGUUUUGUUAGUGAAUUACAGGUGAAACACUCUGAUAUGUAUAUCGAUGGUGGAUUUGGUCAAGCAUCGAAUAGGUAUUGCCUUGGACGCGAGAACAAUCCCCUUCGAGAACACUACUGUCAUCUUGUGAGGCAAACAAUCGGAGACGGCAUUCGUUUAUCGUUUAAAGAAAAUGGUGACGUUUGGGUUCAAGUCUACACCAGACGUGCUAUAUUUGUUCAUUCGCAUUACCUUGAUCGAGAAUCAGGACGGAGUACCGGUGAUGUUGUACAUAAAGUCUAUCCCGGUGCAAAGAUUAAGAUAUUCGACUUGAACAACGCGAAAGCCAUUCUCCGUCAACAUAUGGUGGCGUGCCAAAUGGCUAAAGAAUACCUGGCCGGCCAAAAAACACCAAUGGAUGAUUUGUUUAGGAUGUAUAAAAAGGACAAACUAGACGAGGUGAGCGCUACAGACGACAUGAAACGAUUUUGCGUAGCACGGAUAUCGUUUGUGAAAGGAUGGGGUCCAGACUAUAGCCGCAAAAGCAUAAGCGAAUGCCCGUGCUGGAUUGAGGUGAAAAUGAACAGGGCUUCGAAGGACUGCUGUAAUUGUUAUUGCCCACCAUUCUUCACUUCCGCAUCCCUUCUUGGUAUCUCGUUCAAAUUUAGUGUGGUCAUUUCGUUAGGACCGCUUUUUAUUCAGGACCCGAUAUGGACAGUUUUUUGGGCUAAAGUCGUGAAAUAA